CAGUCUCCUCUGCACUAGCCGUGGCAUGAACAAUUAUCACCGCAACCGAGAAUUAUUUUAGUUUGUCGCAAACGGGAUUUUCGACUGCUGUGGUCAUCGGUUUGCAUUUUUGCGACGGAAGCAGCGUCAUCAGCACCAUGACUGCAUUUUAGAUAAGGUUGUCAGCGUGACCUAGUGGUGCAAAGUGACCGAUGGUGGAGCCAAUUGUGCCGUUUGCCAGCCGCAACAUGCCAGCAGAGUGUUCCAAAAGCUAGCCCAAACGCACAAGCCACUUGCUUUUCUUCUCCUCAGGUCCUCCUCAGGUCGCACGGCAUCAUGUUCAGGACCAAAGUCAGAAUCCACACGUGCAAAGUGAUUUUGCUCACUUCCCUCGUGUGGUUCUUCGUCGGUGUUCUCGUUCUCAUGUACUACACUGAGUGUGUUGGCACAGGAUGUUGUGGCGAGAAGAAAAGCGAAGACCACCCAGUGGCCGAGAGCUUGAAGGAGGUCCAGGAGCAUGUGGUCGACCAGCGCGAGUAUGGCUGGAAUUUCAAACGCUGGUCGCGGGCGCCGGUUGUGAAGGAUCACCCUGGUCGGCCUGGAGAAAUGGGCAAGGGGGUGACGGUGCCGGACAGCCGGCAAGCCGAGGCCAAGGAAAAGUUCAAAAUCAACCAGUUCAACCUGGUCGCCUCUGACAUGAUUUCCCUUAACCGAUCUUUGACUGAUGUUAGACUGAGUGGGUGUAAAGAUAAAGAUUACCCUGAAAGGUUGCCAACUACUAGUGUUGUAAUCGUGUUCCACAAUGAAGCGUGGACCACACUCCUGCGGACGGUUUGGAGCGUCAUUAACAGAUCUCCAAAAGCCCUGCUGGAAGAAAUCAUUCUUGUUGAUGACAAAAGUGAAAGAGAUCAUUUGGGAUCUCAGCUAGAAGAAUACUGCAAAACUCUUCCAGUGCCUGUCCACGUAUUUCGAAUGCCACAAAGAUCAGGAUUGAUCAGAGCGAGGCUGCUCGGAGCCAAACACGUGAAAGGACAGGUGAUUACAUUUUUGGACGCUCACUGCGAGUGCACGGAAGGAUGGCUGGAGCCGCUUUUAGCCAGAAUCGCCGAAAACAGGAAGACGGUGGCGUGUCCAAUCAUCGAUGUCAUUUCAGACGACUCUUUUGAGUAUAUCACAGCCUCCGACAUGACUUGGGGAGGCUUCAACUGGAAGCUCAACUUUAGAUGGUAUCGUGUGCCACAAAGAGAAAUGCAGCGCAGAGGAGGAGACAGAACAGCACCUUUGAGGACGCCGACCAUGGCAGGCGGUCUUUUCUCGAUCGACCGGAGCUACUUUUAUGAGCUCGGCUCCUACGACGAGGGAAUGGACAUUUGGGGUGGCGAGAACCUCGAGAUGUCCUUCAGGGUGUGGCAGUGCGGAGGCAUUCUCGAGAUCAUUCCGUGCUCCCACGUGGGACACGUGUUCCGAGACAAGUCGCCCUACUCGUUCCCCGGUGGCGUCUCGAAAAUUGUCCUGCACAAUGCGGCCAGGGUUGCUGAAGUCUGGAUGGACGAGUGGCGCGAGUUUUACUAUUCCAUGAAUCCAGGUGCCAGGAAUGUUAAAGUCGGCAACGUGACCGAGAGGAGAGAGCUGAGGAAAAAACUCGGCUGCAAGAGCUUCCGUUGGUACCUGGAAAACGUUUACCCUGAGUCGCAAAUGCCGCUCGACUACUACUUCUUGGGAGAGAUCCGAAACGCUGAAACGCAAAACUGCCUUGACACGAUGGGUCGGAAGAGCGGUGAAUUGCUCGGAGUCAGCUACUGCCACGGCCUCGGAGGCAAUCAGGUGUUUGCGUACACCAAGAGGCAGCAAGUGAUGUCUGAUGACAACUGCCUGGACGCGUCCAGUCAAAAUGGACCAGUCAAACUCGUCAGGUGCCACGGAAUGGGUGGAAACCAGGAGUGGACCUACGACAAAUCGGAUCGAUCGAUUCGACACAAGAACACGGGGCACUGCUUGCAGAAACCAGACCAAACAGACUCAUCGAAGCCUUUGCUGCGGCCAUGCGAUGGCUCUGAGGGGCAGCAGUGGGUGAUGGAGAGCAAGUUCAAGUGGCAGGCAUACAAUGCCUGAGGCUGUGAAUAUACACAAUACGUUUGAAAGAAAAAGCAAUAAACUACUGCUCUUCGUCGAUAUACAGAGACGGAGAGAGACAUUCGGGACACUAAUAUUUUAAUCAUAUCAGUGGCUGCCAGACGAUGCCACCUUUUCCAGCGAAUCGUUCCGUUUCACCAGCACAAGAGUAGCAAGCAGAGAGUGUUUUUAUUUAAAACGCGAGACUUUGAUCUGAUAACAAAAUUCGACUAUCAAAACUAAUUGCUAGAUCAAGUGUUACACGCAAGGCGGGUUCUUUGAAUUUUUUCUAGACCAAUAAGGAUAUCAUAUUAUACAAAAGUAAGACUCUUUCCUUUGUAUUUUGACGUACGCGAGAGAAAUCUUCAAGUGAUUCAAGAGACAAAUCUGAACAUGUUUCGAUUUAAGAUUAGUCUUCGAAGCAAAUUCUGUGCAAUUGAAAAAAUAAUAUAUUUUUACUGAUGUGUUUAAUUUCCGGAUACAAAUGUGUGCAUUCCUCUUUAAUAAUUUGCUAUUCUACGAGUCAUUGUUUUGUGGUGCGAAAAGAAAGUCCUAAAGUAAAACUAUUGUUAUUAUUUAAUGAUCGGAUUACAUUUUCUCCGAGGUGAUGGUGCUUAUUUAGUUGUAUUUUAACCAUUUAUGUUUUAACGCGAAUCAAUAACACCUUGUUGAUUUAACUGUAUUUCAUCUUGAAAUGUCACCGCCACACGCAGUUGGUAUUUUUGUGUACAAGUACAGGGUUCAAUAUCUCAAUCGAUAGAGAAGAUUGAUUUUUUAGGAUUUAAAUCACUGCACUCUACCUUUUACCAAAAAAAUUUAACUACAGUACCUCGUCACUUGAUAACGCAUACUUAAUUACUCUAGCAAAAAAUGCGACACGCAGUAAAAACCCUUCGCUGGUGCAACCUACGCAGCAGGAAGGGGCCCAGUGUGGCAUUUUCUGUGUGAAGCUGAUAUCUUCUAAGCUCAAAUCAAAUAAUUAAAAAGCACAAAUUUACACACAACAUAAAUAAAUCACACGUACAGCAAUUAAAUUUGCACGAAAAAUCAGUAUUAUGUAUACUUGAGAGAGAGGAGUGUAGUUAAAUUAACGGAGUAAUAGGAAUAAUAUUACAACUCGUCCAAUCAUUCUGUGCAUAUUUAGACUAAUCUUUCUGCAUUCCUUUUGAUUUCGCCGUCUUUUUCCAUAAUUUACUGUUGAAUCUUAUAUAAUAUCAUUUGUUGAUUUCUUGUUUAGCAUUUAUUUACCAAUAAAUUGUGAUGGUCAUUCAUAACUUUA